UGUUGCCCGGGGAAGGCAUGAAGCAGCAUAGGUCGAGGUUCGUCUGGCCUGGCUGGCAUUUUGAUAAUCACCCGGUUGUUGCUGAAGGGUUGACACCCGACAGAGAAAGGAAAAAGACGCUCCGGUCGCACAUUGAAUCUCAGAAGGAGGAAUUCAUUUAAUUAUUCCCCCCCCUUCCAGCCUGCGGUUUGUCAUCGAUCUGUUCUAUUCUGCUCAAAGACGGGGGGACCCGGCUCGCUUCUUUUUCUCGUCAACAUCGCCUCUCUUCCAUGUUUGCUCGAUCGCCAACCCGCCCCUGUACUCGCACGCAUCGCACAAACGUAUGGGGAACGCCCUUUUCUCAACCUCUGAAGUGGCCAAAUGAGAUCACUUUCUUUUUGCUUUUUGGCUUUGGUUCCCUUGGCUUCCCUCAGGGUCUCCAGGGUCCAUUCGUGCCCUGCUUACCUAUACAACCACUCAUGAGGAAGAAUUGUUAUAAUAUAAGACAGCCCGAUUUACAGCUUACACAAUCAAACCCUUCUCUUUUGCCUCUUUUUGCCUCUUGCGAAUACCACGGCAAACAAGAGCACCGCGGUACCCUCUGGCGCCUGACACAGACACGAAGAGUGAAUACGCGCACAUGACGGCAACAAUUUUGCUGACCACUUCUGUCAUUGUGCUGUGACUGGACUUGGACCUAUUCAGCGGCGAAAUGCUAUUUCCGCUCGCCAUUCAAAUUUCUAACACAUAGUGUAUGGGAUACGGCUGGACCCGAGCAUUAGGAUCGACAUUCUUUGACGCCUCCCAGUACCUCUAGUCAUUGCGGCCGCAUUGGACUGAUAUACCCCGUUGAGUACCUACCUCCCAGAAAAUACACCAUCUGGAGAUACCAUUGAUCCAUACCUCCCACGCAACGCAUUCCGACCACAAACUACUUCGAUUCAAAAUACGAGUCAUUGGCAGCUGCUUCCCUCGAAGCAGUAACCUCUCACCGAACUAGCAUACCUAUGAACAUUGCCCGCUUCAUCCGACCAAGGUCCACGUUUGUCACAGCGGCAUCAUAUUUACAAAGCUUCCGUACAGGCGGUCUUGUGUACAUCACGCGGUCACUGCGUCCUGCUGUGCCUGUCUGCACAACGCGACGUACGUCAACCACAUCCAUCCACACCAUGCCUUCCCGUAAAUCCAAAGCAGCGGCACUGGACACGCCACAAAGCGAGAGUUCUACCUUCAGCUCGACCCUGGACUCCUCGGCCCCGUCACCCGCACGCAAUCUUCGGCGAUCAGGUCGUAAUAUUCUGCAGCCCAGCAGCGAAAAGGACCGUGACCAUGAAAAACGAAGCGGGGAAGAAUUGGCUGGGCGUAUGAUGGGCAAAGACGCAAAUGGCCAUUGUUUGCGGGAGGGGAAGGAACAAGAGGAGGGAGUCAAGAUGGCCAUAGAAGGCUUAGCGAGGAUGGAAAGACGGCUACAAAGAGCGACAAAGCGGCAGAAGAAGCAACUCGAAGAGGACGGUAUCCCCGUGCCAUCAGUGGUCAGCCGCUUCCCAACUGCGCCUUAUCACCACAAAUCCACCAAUGCCGAGGAGCGGGAGGCGAAGGAACCGGUGCUCAAGACCCAUUCGAAAGACGUCGAGCGCGAGGCGGAGAUUGGUGUUGACGACGUUGUGAAAAUGGAGCCAGCCGCAACCAACAUUAUUGAACCAGAAGAUGCGCAGGAUGCGGCUGAACGCGGUGCCGCUCGGCCACCAGCUGUCAAUAGCAGUUACUUGCCAUUGCCAUGGAAGGGUCGACUAGGUUAUGCAUGUCUCAACACCUACUUGCGCAACGCAAAGCCGCCCAUCUUCAGCUCUAGGACUUGCCGUAUGGCAUCCAUUGUCGAUCACAGACAUCCGCUUCAGUUUGAGGAUGAGCCGGAACAUCACUUGAAGAAUAAGCCCGACAAGUCGAAGGAACCGCAGGAUGAACUGGGACACAAAUUUGUCCAGGAGCUUGGGUUGGCCAACGCCCGCGACAUUGUCAAGAUGCUGUGCUGGAACGAAAAGUACGGCAUCAGGUUCCUCCGACUCAGCUCCGAGAUGUUUCCCUUUGCCAGUCAUCCGGUACAUGGUUACAAACUGGCGCCUUUCGCAUCCGAGGUGCUUGCUGAAGCAGGAAGGGUAGCAGCUGAGCUUGGUCAUCGCUUAACUACGCACCCCGGACAGUUUACCCAACUCGGCUCUCCUCGUAAAGAAGUAGUCGAGUCCGCCAUCCGAGAUCUCGAAUAUCACGAUGAACUUCUCUCCCUUCUCAAGCUCCCGGAGCAACAAAACCGCGACGCAGUCAUGAUUAUUCACAUGGGCGGCCAAUUCGGCGACAAAGCCGCCACCCUCGAGCGCUUCAAGAGGAACUACGCCCGCCUCUCCCAGUCCUGCAAGAAUCGCCUCGUCCUCGAGAACGACGACGUAGGCUGGACAGUCCACGACCUCCUCCCCGUCUGCGAAGAGCUCAACAUUCCCAUGGUCCUCGAUUACCACCACCACAACAUCUGCUUCGACCCGGCCCACCUUCGCGAAGGUACUCUCGACAUCUCGGACCCCAAGCUCCAAGAGCGCAUAGCCAACACGUGGAAGCGCAAGGGCAUCAAGCAGAAAAUGCACUACUCCGAACCCUGCGAUGGCGCUGUCACCCCUCGCGACCGACGCAAGCAUCGCCCACGCGUGAUGACCCUUCCUCCCUGCCCGCCAGACAUGGACCUCAUGAUCGAAGCCAAAGACAAGGAGCAAGCCGUCUUUGAGCUCAUGCGCACCUUCAAACUGCCCGGCUUUGAGAAGAUCAAUGACAUGGUGCCCUACGAUCGCGACGACGAGAACCGCCCUGCACCUCCGGUCAAAGCACCCAAGAAGAAAAAGGGGGGCAAGAGGAAGAGAACAACGGAUGAAGAGGCAGCUGAACCCGAGGAGGUAGACACGGCAGCGGAUGAUGUGAAAGAUGCGCCGGAGGGACCCAAGGAGGUUCCAGAGGAGGAGAGGGCGAUGGGUGGACCGUAUAAUCGAGUUUAUUGGCCGCUGGGGUGCGAGGAGUGGCUGAAGCCCAAGAAGAGGGAGGUCAAGAAGGGGAAGGUUCCGGAAGAGGUGGAGGAUGAAGGGGAGUUUGACGGGUGAUUGGGCGGCAGUGAAGGAGAAGAGCCUGGCCAAUAUGAAGGAAUGAUAAGGUUCAGUUCUAUUGUUCCGCGGGCGGAGUUGGGGUUGAUGAUAUUACGUGGGGGAGCCGAGUCAGAGUCAAGUUGAAUGAUUAUGACGGGAACUUUCAAUCCCAUUGGGCUGCAUGGUCGUAGUUGCAUACAUGUCACGAUAGACCAGCGCGCGUGCUUUGCAAUUUGGCAGUUACGUUCAGUUCGAUCUAAGGAACAAGUGGAAAUCAUAAGAUACCUCAGUUGGUAAGAGCGUUGGUUCUUUGCAGCAGGCGCGAGUUCACACCCAUCUUCAAGCUUCAAUCUUCAACACAAAACGCAUCAGAGCCUCCAAUCAUCCGAUCUACAAGGUCUGGGACUUUCUUUUUUUUGCUUUUGCUAGGUAGGUAGGUAUGUACAACAAAGACAUUGGGUUAG